CAACUACUGAUCUGGUUUCCAAGCCACUGGAGUCCACCCUACUUUGGUGACAAUGUCAAAGUUAUACGCCGGCCGUACAAGUCCUAUACGCAGAGAGCACAGCCUCCCGAGGUCUUGUCGACGCAACGCCCUUGCUGCACACGUCAUGACAACAAGAGUAGCCAUCGACCGGUUACGUUCGCGCUUUCGAGAACACGUAUAUAGGGACAAAGCUUGAUUGAGAGGGAGAUCAUCUCAUUAUCUAUCUUCAACCUGCUCCAAAAACGCCACCUCAUGAACACCUGGUGAAGCAUUGUGAACAGUUUCGAUCCAUCGUCCCGAACAAACUUCAAGAUGCGUCCUCAGGCGGCGCUUGCUCUCUCAAGCCUAUGCCUUGCGUAUCCCGCCCUUGCCAGAGUCGUCUCGCGCGGAUCAGACGCAUCAUUCGAUGUAACAUCAACCAAUGCAUCUACAACCGACAAGUUCAAGGCCGACAUCCGAGCUGAUACUAAUCGGGACGGCAUAGUCGACAUCACAGACGCUGAAGACUGCGAGGACUGCGACGGCAAGACCGAGUGGACAGCCGACUCUGGCGCCAUCUUCCUCCCCAACAUUGGAGACACGAACAAGCGUUGCUCCAACGCCCUCCUCAAAGGUCCUUCGGUCAGCAACGAGAAACUAGACGCUUGUAACGAUGCUUCUGAUAACGUCAUGCGCUCCGAACAGUAUCUCGCUCCGCUCCGCACAGUCCCUCUGGCUGAGCUUCCCGACGAUGCUCAUGGUCGCAUCUCCAUCAAAGAUCCCGUGCAGCGCAAAUAUGUCCGAAUCUUCCACAAUGCGAGUGAAAACAGCACCUGGAGCUAUGUCGACGGCAAUUCCACUUUCAGUGCGGCCGCUCUCCGUGAGGGUCUUGUGCUCGGCAUCGACGCACGUGACACCCGUCGACCCAACGGCUGGGAUGGUCGUGUCACUGUCAGUUUCGAUCUCGAAAGCUCCAUAGGUGCUUCUUCCGACGAUGUCAUGCUACGUGCUGCACCUGUUCUUACCCAUACUAAUCUCGACCCUGUGCAGCAGGUUGUUGCUGUUAAAGGCAACGAGACUGGCAAUCCAUGGCUCCUUCGCUUCACCGACGCCCUACAGACAGCCGUCAACAAGUCGGGCCUCGAGGAAGAACUUUACCUCUUCUCCGGAAGCGAUGAUGUAUGGGCACAAGACUUUAUGGAGCCUGGCUUCGCUUCAAUGCCUGGUCCCGACGGACCCAUCACUCUGCGUAUCAUGAUCCGUUCUCCUCAGGACGAGCGCGUUGCCGGCAGACAGCUCUUCGAAUACUACCGCAACACUGGUAUUGGUGCUGUCCAGCAGCUCGGUGGUGCCCGCGAUGAGAUCAACUCCGGUGGUAACAUCGAGACUAUUCCUCCCUACGAGUUCAAUGGCACAACUUGGCCCGCCGGUCGUCUGAUUCUUGGCAACCAUGGCGAGCAGAAACACUUCAUGCUUCCCUUCUUCCAAGCUCAAGAGACACAAGAUCCCCUCCUUCUCGAUACAGACUGGCUGGUCAUCGGCCACGUUGACGAAUUUAUCCAGUUCAUCCCUGUCGAUUCGCCUCGUGGUUGGGUCGUUAUGGUUACCGAUCCCAUGAUGAGCGUCGAAAUGCUCCAGCAGCUAGAGGACAACGGAUACGGAUCAGAGCAUGCCUUUUCGCGCAAGAACGACAGCCAAUCAUUCGACAACUGCACCUCCGAUUCCGCCUGUGCUGCUAUUCCCGUUCCGCCGAUCACUAUUAGUGAAUUGCUUGCCAAUGAGGACCUCAUAUCUGUGCAGAAGCGCUGCGCCGAGCGUAUCGAGGGCAAUCUAAAGAUUCUCAAAGAGGCGACAGGAAUUACUGACGACGAGAUCAUUCGCCUACCUGAGAUGUUCAACGGAGAUCCCUUCGGCGACCUUUCCGCAAUUCUUUCCGGUAAUGCGACAAAUGGCUCGACAUUGGGCGGAAACUCUUCAGGUAACGCGACAGAUGAGCUGAAGGUCGGUGCGCUCUUUCCCGGUGUUAUCAACGGCAUUGUCUUGACCGACUUUGGUACAUAUAUUGCUCCCAACCCCUGGGGUCCCGUUGUGAACGGUACGGAUGUUCUUGCGGAGAAGCUCAAGUCGCUGUACGCCAGUGUGGGCAUGGAUGUCAUCUACAUCGACGACUGGAAUACACAUCACAACUCCGGCGGCGAGGUCCACUGCGGUACCAAUACCGUGCGCGAUAUGAAUAACGAGUGGUACUCUUCAUGGGCAUUCGAUGAUUGCGAUGAUGAAGGAGGACAUGACGAUGAUGAAGAAGGCGAUGGCGAGAAUAACUAGCCUAAACUAUAUCUUGUAGAUACCGGCCAUGGCCUCCCUGUUGCAUUCAUCUGCUGGUAGAAGAGGGUGCGCGUAUUCAAAUCAGCAGCUAUUUUGACCAUCUUAGGCUAUGUUUCUACUUGGAAACUUUAUUGGAGGUCGCGAUGACGUCUCUUCUACUCAGAUUGGUCCGUCCGCAUACGUACGUGUACCUAGGUAGCAUUCACCUUUGAGACACUCGGAUCAAAAACGCGGAUUGAGGAAGUUAAUCCACACGGUGUGAGAUAUUGUGACUCUCGUUAGCAGAAACAUUUCAUUUCCUCCAAAUAUCAGAUGUUCGAUAGGAAAUGAGAGACUUCUGCGCUUUCGCAC